UAUGUAUAACAUUUUCAUUUUAUUAAUUGAAGGGUUGAAGAUCGUAUACUGUAUUCCUUUCCCAUAUAGAAUUUCCACGAAAGAAUAACGUUAAUCCCAUACCAUACAAACUCGUAAACUUGAGCUGUCAUCAUAAUCCUUAAAAAAAUUAUAAAUUUCCAAAACCCACCCCACCUUUAUAAACCCCUUACCAAAAAUAUUCUAACACCAGUAUUCCAGAACCUUCCCAAGAGGGCAAAACCGUUAAUUCAUACACAAAUCCUACUUCUACUAUCUUCCAAUUUCUUUGCUAUUUAUUCUCUCCCAAACACCCCUUCUUUUUCCAUCACAUCUAUUUUCCAAAAAAAAAAAACCGAAGAAAAAAAUUUCCUUCUUACGAAAUUCAAUUAAAAAAAAAUUACGAUAUUCAGAUCGAUUGAAAGAAAGAUGGAGAACAUGAUGAACACCCGACAAUCAGAAAUCCCGACAUACUGCGCCAAAGGUUGCGGAUUCUUCGGAACAGCAGCGACAAUGAACAUGUGUUCGAAGUGUUACCGUGACCACCGUCUCAAGGAGGACCAAUCCAUGACCGUUAGAGCUUUCGUUGAGAAAUCGUUAUCGUCGACAUCUUUGUUGAUACAUGAAUCAGUAAGUGAGGAACCGAAAUAUAAGUCCGAUGAAGCGGUGGUUGUGUCGGCGGAGAGUUCGACAAAGGCGGCGAAUAGGUGUAUGAGUUGUAACAAGAAGGUCGGAGUUGUCGGGUUUAAGUGUAAGUGUGGGUCCACUUUCUGUGGGUCCCAUAGAUUCCCUGAAGAACAUAGUUGUACUUAUGAUUUUAAGGUUGCCGGUGAAGUUGUCAUCGCUGAACAAAAUCCUAAGAUUGUUGCUGAUAAGUUGCGGAAGAUCUGAAACUUUAGAAUGUAAUUUUUUAGGUUUUAUGAUUUAAAUUUGAACUUGUUUGGAUUAAUUGAUUGGUGAUUAGUGUUUAUGAAUUAAGAGAAUUAUAGAGUUUUACUAUUUUUAUUA